AUGCCGCGGGUUCAGCGAGUGCGUGGCCUCAGUUUCCGGCAAGAGUACGCCUGCAACGACCUCUCGUGCGCGGGUUGCCGCGGCAGCCCAAAAUCGUCCGCAACUCAAGCUCUCAUCGCGCCGAAAGACAAACGACUAGCAGACCGUCCCACCAUUGUAUUGGACCUUGACGAAACACUCGUGUACGCCCGUGAAGGACCCCUUUACGUACGCCCCGGACUGGAGGAGUUGCUGCAGUUCCUGGACGAAAACUGCGAGACGGUACUUUGGACAGCCGGCAUGAAGCACUACGCGGAGGCGGUGGUCCGUCAUAUUGAUAGACACAAUGCAGUGCACCACAUGAUUUACCGCAGCAGCGAUUGGUUUCGCGGUGGAUCCACAGCAAAGGAUCUUUCGCUGCUUGGCCGUGACGUUGCAACGACGAUUGUUUUCGAGAAUACACCCGACUCCAUCCGUGGUUUUGAGCAAAACGGCGUCUUGGUUGCUGACUACGUGGGAGGGGAGCUGGAAGAUCACACACUGUCAGCUAUUUUGGGACUUCUUCGCGACUUCGUGGAGCGCCGCCGUCACGAUACAAACCUUACAGUCCCAGAGUUCAUCCGCUCCUCGCACCGGUUGGAACAGAGAGAAGUGCCCACCGAUGAUGGCGACAUGAUGCUUUGCUACUGCCUUAUUGUAAGGGAGGGCAUGUACGGUUACGAUAAAACAAACGAAGUGGAUGGGGGCAUGGAACCGUUACACAAGCGACGUCACAACAAGUUGGUGGAAGCCAAGCGUCGGUGGAAUCUGUUAGUCCGUUGA